AUGGAGGGAAGUUUCGAAGAAUUGUGGACUCGGUUAGAGAAAAAACUAGACCAACAAACGGUCAACAUAUCAGAUGCAGUGACAAAUAAUGUCAUGACGGCGAUCGAGGAAAGACUCAAAACAUUAACUGACGAAAAUACACAACUAAAGACGAAAAUAGGUGUUCUGGAGGAAAAGCUAGUUGCUAUCAACAGAGAAAAGAGGAAAAACAACUUGGUAGUGUUCGGAGUGGAAGAAAUUGGGAAAACUGAAGCUGAACUGGUGGAUUGUGUCAAGGAGACCAUAAUUGAAUCUGAUACAAGAACAACUAAUAAAAACAUCCAAAAGUCACCUAACACUGUCGUGAAAACAACCUUAAAUAAAAUAACAAAAACAAAGCACACCCCAACCCGGUUGGUCACCGUGGGGGAAGAUGACCACACCCUCCCAACAAAUAACCCAUCUAAUGAAAUCAAUAUAGCCACUUUAAAUACAUUGUCUCUAAGAACUUCUGAAAAACUAUUGGAACUAGAAACAGCGUUGACAAAUAUCAAAUGGGACAUACUCGGCAUAAGCGAAGUAAGACGAUUAGGAAAUCAGAUUGAAGAACAUGAGAACUACAUCCUCUAUUAUAUAGGCGAAACUAAAGGGCACCAUGGAGUGGGAUUUAUGGUAAAAAAGCACCUAAAGAAACAAAUCAUAGAGUUCAAAGGCAUAUCAGAAAGGAUUGCUGUACUAAAUAUAGACCUACAAGGACAUAAAAACCUGUGGACUGUUAUACAAAUCUAUGCACCAACAGAAGGAGCACCGGAAGCAAAAAAAGAUGAGUUCUACAGACAGCUUUCAUCUACACUAGAGACCGCUCACGAAAACAUCAUUGUCAUGGGAGACUUCAAUGGAAAAAUAGGAAUGAAAAGUAAAACAAACAACAAAACGCAAACAAGCACCAACAGAGAAAAUGCAGUCAUCGGCAAAUUCAGCACAGGAGAAAGGAACGACAAUGGGAAACGCUUGAUAGAUUUAGCCUUUACAUACAAUCUUAAAGUAAUGAACACCUUCUUUAAAAAGAAACAUAGCAGGAAAUGGACCUGGAUAUCACCUAAUGGCCAAAUAAGAAAUGAAAUAGACUAUAUCCUGACUAACAAACCAAUAUUUAUCAAAGAUGUAGACACAGUAAACCAACUUAACUUCAAUACAAACCACCGAAUGAUAAGAGGCAAGCUAUAUAUGAAGCAACCUAAAGCAAGUAGAAAACAUAUAAUGAGAGCAACAAACAGUAGACCAAUACACCUGCCACUCCCGAAGGACCUAUUGACAUCUCUACAUACCAACCUCAAAACAUUUAAAAUGGAAGAUACAGUGCAGAAUAAAUACGACACAUUGGAGAGAGAAUUAAAAGCCAUAUCUAGCAAAGUCAACAACUCAAAAAUUCAUAAAGAUAAGGUUGGAGAUGAAGCACGGGCUCUGAUGGAAAUUAGAAGGAAUCUCAUAACCAAUAGAGGUGAAAAUAGGAAAAAAAUAGCAGAUUUAAGUAAACAGAUAAACACCAAAAUCAGAAAACAUAUGGAAAGAACCAGACUACAGGCAAUACAAUACCAUAUUGAGAAAACAGGAGGAACGAAGAAAGCAUUGAAAGAACUAAGAGAUAAAACUGAAUGGAUACCCAACCUAAAAGAUAUAACAACGGCAAAUAAAGUGUUUAGCCGACCAAUGAUAAUAGACACAGCAACAGGAUUUUACCAAAACCUAUACAAUGAUACAGACGUCACAAAUGACCUUCUAGAAUACAAAGAAGAUGAUGAAGAAAUCCCAAAUAUCCUUGAAAGUGAAGUAAGGCAUGCAAUCCUAACACAAAAGACGGGGAAAGCCCCAGGGGAUGACAAAAUUUCUAAUGAAAUAAUAAAAGGCUGUAUAGACGAGAUACUAGGAACAACGACAGGACUAUUCAAUGACAUUUUAAAAGAGGAAGUCAUACCGGAACAAUGGAAAACCUCCACAAUAAUAUUACUUCACAAAAAAGGAGAUAAAAGCCUAGUCAACAACUACAGACCUAUCAGCUUAAUAACAAACAUGUACAAAAUAUUCUCCAAAGUUAUCCUGAACCGGAUUAGCAAAGAACUAGAGGCAAAUCAACCUAAGGAGCAAGCGGGUUUCCGAAGUGGAUUCUCAACAGUCGACCAUAUACAUACAAUCAAACAAAUAAUAGAAAAACAUUUGGAGUACAAUAAAAUCUUUUAUCUUGCUUUCAUAGACUACAAUAAAGCAUUCGACUCUUUGAAACAUAAAUACAUAUGGGAAGCAUUGCAAGAACAAAACAUACAAACAAAAUACAUAAGAAUAUUACAACUAAUAUACCAGAAUUCCACAGCUAAAAUACGGACAGAAAGAGACGGCAAAGUAUUCAGUGUGAAAAAAGGAGUGAAACAGGGAGAUCCUUUGUCACCGAAACUUUUCUCCGCAGUUCUAGAAUAUGUAUUUAGGAAGCUUAACUGGGAGUCCCUUGGGAUCGACAUAAAUGGAGCAAAGCUAUCAAACCUAAGGUUUGCUGACGAUAUUAUUCUACUUAGCGACAACCCACAAGACCUAAACAUAAUGUUACAACAACUAGCUGAUGUCAGUAAAGAAGUUGGAUUAACAAUGAACACCGAAAAAACAAAAAUAAUGACGAACAGUGGAAAAGAAGAGAUACUCAUAGACAACAACCUCAUUGAAUAUGUAGAACAAUACACAUAUCUCGGGCAAGUAAUAUCACCUCAAAAUUUGAUGCAACAAGAAGUAGACACUAGAAUUGGGAACUCAUGGAAAAGAUAUUGGUCACUACGAGAAAUCAUGAAAAACAACCAAAUACCUACAAACCUUAAGUCCAAAGUCUUUAACACAUGUAUCCUUCCCUGUCUCACGUAUGGAUGCCAAACUUGGGCCCUAACGGACAAGGAAAGGCGAGCUCUCCAAGUUUGCCAAAAUAGCAUGGAAAGAAGCAUGUUGCAUAUAAAACUUAAAGAUAGAAUAAAGUUGGAUACCAUUAGAAAAAGAACAAAGAUAACUGACGUAAAUCAGACAAUGAAGCAACUAAAAUGGAAAUGGACUGGCCACAUGCUCCGAGAUAAAAGAGAAAAAUGGUCUAAGGACAUAACAUCAUGGUACCCAAGAGAUGGCAAAAGGAAGGAUGGCGGACAAAAAAUGAGAUGGGAAAAUGAAUUCAGAAAGGUAGCUGGAGCCUUGUGGAGAAGACAAGCUCUAGACAGAGAAACAUGGAGAAAUAUGGGAGAGGCCUAUGCCAAAGGCAACCAGACUAAACGUCUGCGGAGAAAGGCUAGCAGUAAGCAGUAA